UUCUUUCUUCUUCUUUUUUUUUUCACUUAUCAUUAUUAUUAAUAUAUUAUAUUAUUUUUAUAUUUAUUUUCAAUCUGUGAAUUUCCAUUUUCAUAAUUUGGGAUCUCAAAACCAAAAAAAUGAUGUAUGAGAGGCAGCAUCAAUUGUAUCAACAAGCAUCAAGAUCAAUAGAAGGGAGGAGAAAUCAUUACAUAAAUACAAAUAUAAAUGAAAAUAAUAAUACAAUAAAAAAUAUAAAGGAUUUGAAGAAAUCAUCAUCAAGAUCAUCAUCAUCAUCAUCAUCAUCAUCAAAUAAUAAUAAUAAUAACAAUAAUCAAGAUGAAGAUCAAAGGCUUGAGAUAAUUGAUUUAAGUGGGAUGUCUCUUCAUAAACUCCCUCAUCCUUCAAUUAAUCUUGCUGCCAUUUGUAAGCUUGAUCUUUCCAACAAUAAUCUUGAGAACAUACCAGAAUCAUUGACAGCAAGGUUGCUAAAUGUGAUAGUGUUGGAUGUACACUCAAAUCAAUUGACUUCUCUGCCCAACUCAAUUGGGUGUUUGUCAAAACUCAAAAUCUUAAAUCUUUCCGGAAACCUUAUCACUUGUCUUCCCAGAACUAUCGAGAAUUGCAGAUCACUAGAAGAAUUAAACGCGAAUUUCAAUAAAUUAAGCAUGUUACCAGACACAAUAGGUUUUGAGCUCUUAAACCUAAAGAAACUUUCAGUAAACUCCAACAAACUCGUCUAUCUUCCAUACUCAAUAUCUCAUGCAACUGCGUUACGAAUCUUAGACGUACGUCUAAACUGCCUACGUUCCCUCCCUGAUGACCUUGAAAACCUUACAAAUCUGGAGAUCCUUAAUGUAAGCCAAAACUUCCAAUACCUACUGGAACUACCCUAUUCUAUUGGCCUUCUAAUGUCACUUGUAGAACUAGACGUGAGCUACAACAAAAUAUCGGAACUUCCAACAUCAAUCGGGUGUCUUAGGAAGCUACAAAAGCUUAAAGUUGAAGGGAACCCUUUAAUUUCUCCUCCUUUGGAAGUUAUAGAACAAGGUCUAAAUGCAAUAAGGCAUUACAUGAGUGAAAAAAUAAAUGGGUAUCAUAAGGAUUAUCCUAAGAAAAAGUCUUGGUUUAAGAAGAUUAAAAAGUAUGGGACCUUUAAUGGGUUUAAUAAUGGUAAUGCAACUCCGGGUCGGACUUCCAAUUAUGAAAUGCAACGUGGGCUUGUAUUGCCCGAGUAUCGGCCCAUUGAGGCUCUUGCUUCACCAAGGUAUAAUUUAGGGAUUUUCUCUCCUAAGAGGUUUUUCUCUUCACCAAUUAAUUACUUUUCUAAGUUAAGGUGAAUAAGUGUUCAAUUGCUUUCAUAUGUUUAGACUUAUGUUGUAUCACAUUCACAUUUUAUCUAAGGUUUAUUUUGUUGUAAAUAUGCUAGAUUUUGAGGUUCGUGAUAAUAAGAUAUAUUAAUACAUCAAAAAUGAAAGUUAUGGACGUUGUGAUGCAUAUGCAUGUAAUAUAUUUAGUGUUUGGUUUGUUUUAACUAUAUUUUUUUAUGCACUAACUCUCGAUUCUUAGACUUAACAUCAAGAUAACUUUUCAAACCACAAAAGCCAUUGAGAUUUGGAUUGUUUAGCUAUACUUAUUAUAUUGCAUUAUGUUGUGUAAAGUAGGAUACUAAAUAGUUUGAUUUUCAAAUUAUAAAUCACUUGAAAAUCUUGUCAAAAUAUUUUAAUCGAUUAAAGAAGUACUAAGUUUGCUCGAUGAGCUAAGUUGGUGCCCAUUCGAUUAAAAAAGAAUAUUAAGCUUUAGGUUGCUCGUUUCAAGUGAUCCUAGCUCGUACAAGCUGCUCAUUCAAGCUCUUGCACUAAUCUCAGACUUGAUGAGUAUAGAUUAGAAAGUGUGGGUUGCUGGAGAAUGAAAUGGGUUGUAAAGAGUAUAAGAUAUAAUUGUAGAGGUGAUUAAGAAGUUGUGCACAAUCACUAAGUUCAUAUUAAACUUAUUCAACCAAAUACGAGGAUGUAGAAAACAUAUAGAAUUAAAUAC